GUUUGUGGUCUGUAACGCAACACAAGAGGAACUGUUCUGCUGCGUCUGAGCAGAGAAAAAGGGGCAGGGCUUGAUUCUAACUUGAUAACCCUGCAGUGGGCUGUAUUCACAGAGGAAUGCCUUUCUGUUUCUACAAGUGACAUCUCAACGAACACAGCAAAAAAGAAAAGGAAAGGAUGAAAAAAGCUUGAAAAACAGAAAGAAAACAUGGAUUAGAGUGGCACUGGGGCAUUUGGGAACAUCAGCUAAAGUACUCAGAGAAAAGUCAUUCAACAGCCAUAGAGACAGUGGGCAUCAUGGCUUCCAACCAACACAGACCAAGAACCCGCUUGAGCCUCCGCUCAAACACAAUACCUUACGGCUCAAUGAGCUCUGAGCAACCAGACAGUGAUGCAUCCUCCAUGCCACCAACUUCCAUCUCUAAAAAACGUGCCUACGUUGCAGUGGCAGUGCUCUGCUAUGUCAAUCUCCUCAACUAUAUGGACCGUUAUACUAUAGCGGGUGUGCUGCUUAGCAUCCAGAAUUACUUUGGAAUCCCUGACAGCACAUCUGGCCUCCUACAGACAGUUUUUAUCUGCAGCUUUAUGUUCUUGGCACCAGUUUUUGGUUACCUUGGAGAUCGCUAUGACAGGAAGCUUAUCAUGAUCGUUGGACUGAUUGUGUGGAUCGUGACAACACUAGGCAGCUCUUUCGUCAAAAAAACGGACUUCUGGAUUCUGGUCCUGACGAGAGCCUUGGUUGGGACAGGAGAAGCCAGUUAUUCCACCAUAGCACCUACUAUCAUAGGUGACUUGUUCACUGGCACCCAGAGAACUCUCAUGAUCUCCUUCUUCUACAUCUUCAUACCAGUUGGAAGUGGUCUUGGAUAUAUUAUGGGGGCAACUAUAGCUAGUGCAACAGGGGAUUGGCGUUGGGCCCUGAGGGUCAGUCCAGCUCUAGGAGGCCUGGGUCUGCUGCUUCUGGUGUUUCUGAUUCCUAAUCCUCCUCGUGGAGCCUCUGACACCCAAGGAGGAGGAACCAUGGAAAGCACCUCUUAUAUUGAGGACGUCAAGUACCUCCUGAAGAAUCGGAGUUUUGUCUGGUCUUCUUUGGGUGUGACUGCUAUGGCUUUUGUCACAGGAGCUCUGGCCUUCUGGACCCCCACCUUUCUGUCUCGUGCACAGGUUACACAGGGUCUCAGGCCACCUUGUGAAAAAGAGCCCUGUAACUCUUUAGACAGUUACAUCUUUGGAGCAAUCACAGUAGUGACAGGGAUUGUGGGAGUGUUUCUGGGCACCUGGAUAUCAAAGCAGCUGAGGGACAAAGUGCCCAACGCAGACCCUCUCAUAUGUGCUGUGGGCAUGCUCAGUUCCUCCCCCUGCUUUUUCAUUGCCGUCAUCCUGGCGGCCACCAGCAUCCCAGUGACAUACACAUUCAUUGCUAUUGGAGAAACAUUGCUGUCCCUCAACUGGGCUAUUCUGGCUGACAUUCUGCUGUAUGUUGUUGUGCCUACUAGAAGAGCGACAGCUGAGGCCUUACAGAUUAUGGUCUGUCAUCUCCUUGGAGAUGCAGGAAGUCCAUACCUCAUUGGUGCUAUCUCGGAUGCUUUGCGUAAGUACAAUCCAGAAUCUCCCCGCUGGGAUUUCCGUAGACUGGAAUAUAGCAUUCUUCUGUGCCCUGUCAUUGGGGUCCUGGGAGGCCUGUUUUUCCUGAUGACCUCUCUGUAUAUCAAAGAGGACAGGAAAGCAGCAGAACUCCUUGCUUCAGGACAAGCUCAACCACAAGAACCACAAGAGACAACCACAGAGUCAAUAUGACCUUUUAAACACCAACCAACACCUUGGCUGGGCUUUGCUGCAUCAAGCAGACACUUGUGAAUGCGUAUGUGAGUGCAAGAGAUGAGACAUGGAUUGAUGGACAGAUUUUAAAAUCUGUGAGUGUUAUUUUAUAGGAACAUUAUAACAGGAUGUGAGUAACAUGUAAACGUUUACAUCACAUAAGCACUGGACUGCAGUCUUAGUAAGAUAAAGGCUGCGUUUGUAUGCUUUAAACAUUUUUGAAUAGUGAUGCCUUACACUUGUGUCUUAUUGUCUUGCUUACACAUUUUCCUUCUGGAAAAAUUAACUGCCUGCUAUGAUUUUUUAGAUAUAUUUUUGUCAUUUUUACCCAUUUAUGUUCAACAAAAAGUUGACAGACUGUACCAUGUACUUGUCAUUAGGCGCUUUCGUCCUGCUUUCUUCUCUCGGCAGCUGUGUGCUACUAAUGAGAGCCUCAGGGGAACAAGGGAGAGAACAUCCCCUUCUGGACUAAAACUGAAAGCUUGAAAUACUGUAUGUACCAAAUUAGUCUUCCAGUGUACAGACUGAGACUGGAAAUGUGUAGCAAAUUAAUAGGCUAUUUAAAGGUCAUUAUUAUUUUUAUUGCACUGUUUUAUUGUAUUGUACUGUUUAUCCUUUUCAUUUUUUUGCACGAACAUUUUAAAUAAAUGCAUAUGCUUUUUAUUUUCA